AUGGACGGAGUAAACAAGGACAGAGUAAACAAGGACGUGGUAAACAAGGACUGGGUAAACAUGGACGGAGUAAAUAAGGACGGGGUAAACAAGAACUGGGUAAACAUGGACUGGGUAAACAAGGACGGGGUAAACAAGGACGGGGUAAACAAGGACUGGGUAAACAAGGACGAGGUAAACAAGGACGAGGUAAACAAGGACGAGGUAAACAAGGACGGGGUAAACAAGGACGGGGUAAACAAGGACGAGGUAAACAAGGACGAGGUAAACAAGGACGAGGUAAACAAGGACUGGGUAAACAAGGACGGGGUAAACAAGGACGGGGUAAACAUGGACGGGGUAAACAAGGACGGGGUAAGUAAGGACGAGGUAAACAAGGACGGAGUAAACAAGGACUGGGUGGACAAGGACGGGGUAAACAAGGAAGAGGUAAACAAGGACGAGGUAAAUAAGGACUUGGUAAGCAAGGACGAGGUAAACAAGGACGAGGUAAACAAGGACGGGGUAAACAAGGACGGGGUAAACAAGGAAGAGGUAAACAAGGACGGGGUAAACAAGGACGAGGUAAACAAGGACGAGGUAAACAAGGACGAGGUAAACAAGGACGGGGUAAACAAGGACGAGGUAAACAAGGACGAGGUAAACAAGGACGGGGUAAACAAGGACGAGGUCAACAAGGACGAGGUAAACAAGGACGAGGUAAACAAGGACGGGGUAAACAAGGACGGGGUAAACAAGGACGAGGUAAACAAGGACGAGGUAAACAAGGACGGGGUAAACAAGGACGAGGUCAACAAGGACGAGGUAAACAAGGACGAGGACGGGGUAAACAAGGACUGGGUAAACAAGGAAGAGGUAAACAAGGACGAGGUAAACAAGGACGAGGUAAACAUGGACGAGGUAAACAAGGACGGGGUAAACAAGGACGGGGUAAACAAGGACGAGGUAAACAUGGACGGGGUAAACAAGGAAGAGGUAAACAAGGACGAGGUAAACAAGGACCAGGUAAACAUGGACUGGGUGGACAAGGACGGGGUAAACAAGGAAGAGGUAAACAAGGACGAGGUAAAUAAGGACUUGGUAAGCAAGGACGAGGUGAACAAGGACUGGGUGGACAAGGACGGGGUAAACAAGGACUGGGUAAACAAGGACGAGGUAAACAAGGACUGGGUAAACAAGGACUGGGUAAACAAGGACUGGGUAAACAAGGACGGGGUAAACAAGGACGAGGUAAACAAGGACGAGGUAAACAAGGACGGGGUAAACAAGGACGAGGUCAACAAGGACGAGGUAAACAAGGACGAGGUAAACAAGGACGAGGUAAACAAGGACGGGGUAAACAAGGACGAGGUAAACAAGGACGAGGUAAACAAGGACGGGGUAAACAAGGACGAGGUCAACAAGGACGAGGUAAACAAGGACGAGGUAAACAAGGACGGGGUAAACAAGGACGGGGUAAACAAGGACGAGGUAAACAAGGACGAGGUAAACAAGGACGAGGUAAACAAGGACUGGGUAAACAAGGACGAGGUCAACAAGGACGAGGUAAACAAGGACGAGGUAAACAAGGACGGGGUAAACAAGGACGGGGUAAAUAAGGACUUGGUAAACAAGGACGGGGUGAGUAAGGACGAGGUGAACAAGGACUGGGUGGACAAGGACGGGGUAAACAAGGACUGGGUAAACAAGGAAGAGGUAAACAAGGACGAGGUAAACAAGGACGGGGUAAACAAGGACGGGGUAAACAAGGACGGGGUAAACAUGGACGAGGUAAACAUGGACGAGGUAAACAAGGACGAGGUAAACAUGGACGAGGUAAACAAGGACGGGGUAAACAAGGACGGGGUAAACAAGGACGAGGUAAACAAGGACUGGGUAAACAAGAACUGGGUAAACAAGGACGGAGUAAACAAGGACGAGGUAAAUAAGGACGGGGUAAACAAGGACGGAGUAAACAAGGACUGGGUAAACCAGAACGGGGUAAACAAGGACGGGGUAUGCAAGGACGAGGUAUACAAGGACGGAGUAAACAAGGACUGGGUAAACCAGAAAGGGGUAAACAAGGACGGGGUAAACAAGGACGAGGUAAACAAGGACGGAGUAAACAAGGACUGGGUAAACAAGGACGGGGUAAGCAAGGACGGGGUAAACAAGGACGGGGUAAACAAGGACGGAGUAAACAAGGACUGGGUAAACAAGGACUGGGUAAACAAGGACUGGGUAAACAAGGACGGAGUAAACAAGGACGGGGUAAAUAAGGACAGAGUAAACAAGGACUGGGUAAACAAGGACGGGGUAAAUAAGGACAGAGUUAAUAAGGACUGGUUAAACAAGGACGGGGUAAAAACAGCACGAGGAAAAACAAGAACGGAGUAA